AUGGCAUUGAUGUCAACCUCAGUGAGAGCUUCUAGGAAUACUCGGGUUGCAUCUCAGCAGCAGCUUGACAUUUUCCGUGAGGAGCACAGUAAAACGGUGGCUAGUAACUACAAUGUUAUUUUGAAGGGGAAGCAACUGCCCUUGUCCCUCUUGAAUGACCAUCAGAAGCAAACCAGAGUCCAUCUCCUGGAGAGAGAGUCAUUUUCCGAUGCAUUUGGACCUAAGACAAAGAGGAAGCGUCCAAAACUCAUCGCAGCAGAUUAUGAGUCUUUAGCCAAGAAAGCUGAUGGUUCUCAGGACGUGUUUCAGCAGAAGCAUGCUGAUGACAAUACUGCAGAAGGUAGUGAAGGGGAUGGUUUUAGGGACCUGGUCCGGCAUACAAUGUUUGAUAAGGGUCAAAGUAAACGUAUCUGGGGUGAGGUCUACAAAGUUAUUGACUCUUCAGAUGUUGUUGUCCAGAUGAGGGGAGCUGUGAUGGUCGCCAUUGCUACUACAAUUGGUAGCAUUCUACAAGGAUGGGAUGAUGCUACAAUUGCAGCAAACGAAUUGAAGAAACAUAGAAGAUUUGGAGCUGGGGUGUCAUGGGUUGAUGUGCCUGGGAUGGGAUAG